AUGCCGAAUAUACCCCUAGUCGGUUGUCGACCGCCGCCCACCAUCGGUCGUCGACCUUCGUCGUCGGCCGCCGCCGCCGCCGGUCGCCGGGCGGCGAUCGGCAGCGGCCGCCGGCCACCGCCGUCGGUUUUCGGCCGCCGCCGCCGGCCGUCGAUUGGUGAAGACGGUGGCCUACUGAUGCGACCGACAGUGGCGGCGGCAACUGGUUGUCGAUGGCUGCCGCAAACUCCGGCAGAGAUAGUCAGAGAAGAACAAGUGCAAAAGGUGCAUCGUUGGGCGAUCUCUUCUUUGGCAGGGGGAUAUAACUCACUCCUCAGGCAAUCAAGAAUCUCCAGAUCAUUUGGCAAGCAAAAGAAUCCAAACAAGUCCGAAGAGGCAGCGCAACAUCUGUGCGUCACACAUCUACGGCAACGUCUUCGAUCUUUCCUCGGCAGUGUUUCUGUUGUUCCUCGGUUUAAUAAGAUGGAGUGGGAUAAUGGCGAAGAAGAUGAUCAAAAUAUUAAUGAUUAUUAUGACGAGAAUGAUGGUAGUUCGGAUCACAGUUCGGAUGAUGAAGUUUUUAUAAAUAGCAAUUGUAUAGUUGGUUUUUGGAUGGAUUGUGUUGGUGCAUUAGAUGGAACUCAUAUAUGUGUAAAGGUAUCUGAUGUAGAUGCACCUCGAUAUAGAGGAAGAAAGGAUUGGCCAACUACCAAUGUGUUGGUUGGAUGCUCCUUUGAUUUGAAGUUCAUAUAUGUCCUAGCCGGAUGGGAAGGAACUGCAUCUGAUUCUCGAAUCAUAAAAAAUGUCCUAUCCAGACGUGAUAAAUUGAUAAUUCCUCAUGAAUAUUCGAGAUGUGGCCCUACAAAUGCAAAAGAGUUAUUCAAUUUUCGAUAUGCAUCUCUUCGCGAUAUAAUCGAGAGAGCUUUUGGGGUUUUAAAGAAGAGAUUUCCAAUUAUUGCUAGUGGAACAGAACCUCAUUAUGAAAUUGACAUUCGUACAGACAUUAUCUUAGCAUGUUGUAUUCUUCAUAAUUUUUUAAUGGAGGUGGAUCCAGAUGAGAGAUUAAUUAAUGAAGUAGAUCAUGAAUUGAGUGCAACUUAUUACGAUGAAGCUAAUCCAUCAAUCAAGAAGUGGAGAUAUACCCUUGCAGCUCAUUAUGAGAAGUUGUUAGAGUUGUUUGGUCACGAUAGGGCAAAUGGGCAAAGAGCUUCUACUGUUAUAGAAAGAAAUGUUGAAAUUAUUUUAGAGGAAGAACAAAGAGAUCUUGGACUAGAUGAUGAACAUGAGAAUUUUGAAGUAAUCCCUGAUAGUCCACCAUUUGAUGAUCGAUCAAGGAAGAGAAAGCUAGCAUCUAUUGAUUCAUAUGCAUUAAGAAAAAUUCAGCCAUCGACAUUAAUGUCAAGGAAGUUGUUGCCGCAAUUGAUCGUUCAACUUCAGUGA